GAAAGUAUGAAAGAUGAGCUCGUUAUAUCCAGAUGAAAGCUACUGCACAAGUGAUAUAGGAAGGAUACUUUACCAACUUAAGACUGACUGGUCAUGCAGCUCUACAGUAACAUCAAUUUCCGAAGAGAAACAUCUUACUGGUUCGCAUACAGUUUACACUGUCGAAAUUGAAUGUAAUCCAGUGGCAUCCCAUCUCGUCGCAAAUGACGUUUCUCGUCGAACUUUUGUAUUGAGCACUCGAUAUAAAGAAAUGACAAAACUUCAUGCGGCAAUCUCGAAACUCCAUAAACAGCUGUAUCUUCGAGGAACUUUCCCUGUUUUUCCACCGGGAAAGUUGAUCGGAUCUUCGGAUCCAUCCGUCAUCCAAGAGCGCCGACAUGCUAUAGAAGCCUGCCUAAACUUUGUGUUCGACAGCGAAGUUCUACGUAAAUCACGUCUUCUACACGAAUUUGUCGAGAAAGCCAAAGAAAAAACCUAUACGGCACACGAAAUCACUGGAAACGAGGUGUUUUAUGACAAUUCUUCUUCAAUUUUGGACCAACCCAAUACAAAUUCCAGUGAUUCCGAUUCACCGAACCACGCUGCUCUCUUGGAACCGACACACGAACAAACUGGCGACGACUUUCAAUUUCCGGACGUGGCUAUAGCUUCCGAAACUUCAAACGAAGAGCAACGAACUGCAAGGAAAAGCUCAAUGAAACGACUCUUCCCAAGAUUACGAGGAUCUACGCAUCAUAAUAUUGAAAUCGAAGAGACUCCAGCUGACUACUUAGUUACGGCUGGGCAGCUAGUGGCAACGGCUCAAAGAGCUGAAGAAGAACAUGCGUAUGAGUUGGCAUUUCAAUGUUAUAAAAGUGCAGCCAGCAGUCUCAUUCAGGGUGUCCAUAUCGAGAGUGAUAUGACCAAACGUAACGCGGUUCGUCGGAAAACUGCCAAAUACCUCGUCAAAGCUGAAAAACUCUAUCGAACUUAUCUAUCACUCGACGGAUCUGUAUUUAAUUUCGAAGGACUUUUGACAGCCGCAAUGCAGGAUCCGAAUAUUCUGGCAUUUCAAUGUUCGAAUAAAUCAAUGAAAAACUAUCGAUUUAUUGGAGUUCUCCCCGAACUUGAUGCUGAGCGAAAGGUUAUUUUAGUAGAAGAAACAAUUGGAGAAUCCAACAAGAAGUAUGUUAUGAAACUAAUUGAAAAAGGAGUUCCAAGUUCUGACUGCUCUAUAUUUUUACCUACAAAUAUUCCGCAUAUGGUUCAGUUGGUUCAAUUUUUCGAAACAGAAACUCAUAUUAUAUUACUUCUGGAAUUCGUAGAACCGGGACAAUUAUGGUCAUUCUUAAGAAGGAUGUUUGAUGAAGCUGAAAGUAGACAUGUUCUAUGGCUUGCCGAACUGAAAGCUGAUGUUCGAGAUGGUGAUACUACAAGUGAAGUAACUGUUCAAAUAACGAAAAACGAAGGGAAUUAUCGAGGAAGAAGGCUUUUGUUUACUGUAGGAGUGGAUUAUGAAAGAGUUGUCGAAAUGAGAGAUGAAAGUUUUAGUAGUGAAAAACCAUCUGACGAAAGCCUUCUCUGUACAGUUGGUGAGGAUCCUACAGGCCGUUCUGAUGCACCCACUGGCGACUUUACUAUUGCUGGAAAUUCAAGAGAAGCUGCAGAGAGUCACUAUUUCCAAGUUGAGGAAGAAAGUCCGGCAGCUGUCAAAUUCGAUUUCUCUUCUUCUAAAUCCCAAUCACCACGUGGCAAUCGAAUAUCAUCUGAAAAUCAAAACCACAGCCCAUCUUCGUCAAAAGUUGUCAAGUUGGAUUCAGCGGAUAGUUCAAAUAGCAAAGAAAUGUUUUUGAAAAAUCUCUGGAAAGCGUUACAAACUGUCCAAAAACAAUUGAGUUUACGGAGAAGAGUAUGGAAUUAUCUAGAUCUUCCCGAAUCUUUAAUAGUUCACUGGAGUGCUCAAAUUGUUUCAUUCUUCUUUGUUCUACACGCUGAGCAUCAUGAAUUUAUUGGUGACUUCAACGCUGAUGAUAUUCUCAUAGAUUCUGAUGGGAACUUACUGAUGACAUAUAUUGGAAGAUGGUAUGAAACGAAUCGACGAAAACGGCUGACCGAUGGGUAUUCGGCACCGGAAAGCUCUCAAUAUGGAUGGGAACCAACUCCUGAAUCUGAUAUCUGGACUCUCGGGGCUUUACUUUUUGAAAUGCUCUGUGGAAGGUCUCUGGCUAAUGCAGCACCACAUGGAGUGUUAAGGAAUAUGGAACUACCGAUCCCAGAGAAAGUUGUAGUUUCAUUUGUUGCAAAAGAUCUUCUGAAUAUGCUUCUAGUACCAACUCCUGCUCUUCGACCAUCUCUUGACGAGAUUCGUGCUCAUCCAUUUUUCCGUCACAUUGACUGGCUCUUAUAUGACAAUCCAACGUCUCCAUCAACACCAGCUACAGUAACCCGAAUUCAGUCACCACCAACUCCCCCUUCUAGCAUUGACAUUCCCGAAGUUUCAGUUGAUAAUGUGAUUAUAUCUAAUUUAGAAGAGCCUUCAACUUCACGUGUAUCACCUACUAGUCGACGCAUUUUGUUCUAAACUCGAAACGCAUCCUGGUUGUAUUUUGUAUAGCACUUUGUGAUAAUAUUUUGGCAUAAUUCGUACAGGAACCUCAAUUUCAGUUUAAUGUAUAAUUAUUAUUUUAUUUAGAUACUAGUCAAUAAUUAAAAUUUGAAUAAAUCAGUAGUGAUUUUAAA